AGAUGACUAAACGACUUUUAACCUCUGACUUUAUAGUCUUUCGAUCUGUGUCCUUUGUGCCGCUAGACUACAUAAUAUUUGCUGUAAUCUUGGAUUUUCAAUGUUCUAACGAGGUUGCAUUGUCUUGGAGCUUAUUACUAGUAUCCUCUGCUAUAUAAGGUAUCUUGAAUCUGGAACUGAAAUUCUCACACCUUGUUUUGACCUUAAGUAAGAAAUUGUACCGAAUUCUAGAUCCGGAACUUGAAAGAAAAUGGAGCAGCAAGAAUCGGAAGUUAGUUUUGGUUAUGGACAAGAAGAUGGUUAUGAUGCAGUUGUUGUGGGGUCUGGCUAUGGCGGUUCUGUUGCUGCUUGUCGGUUGUCUAUGGCAGGGGUAAGGGUGUGUCUAGUUGAGAAAGGCCGGAGAUGGGAAUCUAAGGACUUUCCCACUGACAGCUCGAAGAUAUUUUCUGCUAUGAGGAUGGAGAACCAGAACCUGGGCAUUAGCUUUGGACCAAAAGAUGCUUUGUUCCAGGUAUAUGAGCAGAAUGAUUCUCUAGCAGCUACGGCGUGUGGACUUGGUGGGGGUUCAUUAGUGAAUGCAGGAGUUCUGGUUCCAGCACCAGCUCGUGCUAGACGAAAUCCAAAAUGGCCAAAGGAUUGGGAAGGAAUUGGGAUAACUGUGAAGCUUCUGCGGCAGCCAUGCUGAAAGCACAAAGCAUUCCUGUCAAGUUUCCUGCCGCAAAAGUCUUGGAAGAGGUUGCUUUUGGAGAGACUGAAGAAGCUUUUGAGACUUCGGUGAAGCUAAGCGUGAAUUUUGACCUUGAAGAACUACAAACUGAUGCAAUGGGUACCUGCUUAGCCUGUGGAAACUGUCUUUCUGGAUGUCCUUAUAAUGCCAAAAGUUCUACUGACAAAAAUUAUCUGCGUUCAGCAAUCCAGGCAGGCUGCAUAGUUAAAACAGAAUGUCAAGUACAGUAUGUGGUUCGAAACAUGCAUGAAAACUUCCAAUACAAAGGAGAAAGCAGUAGAAAAAAUAGAAGAUGGCUUAUUUACUUGAAUGAGAUUGAUUACAUAACCUCUGAUUUUGUAAUCCUAUCAGCGGGAGUUUUUGGCACCACUAAAAUACUCUACCAGUCAAGAAUGAGAGGACUAAAACUUUCUGAAGCACUUGGAUCUGGAUUCAGCUGCAAUGGAAAUACUGUGGCUUAUCUUGCUGGGAGCCCAGCACCACUGAAUGGUUAUGGAUUAGACAGAAAGCAAAUGUUUAAGACACCAUUUGAAGAAAGGCCAGGGCCAUCCAUCUCUUCCUCUUACACUUCUUCGCUCGGCUUUACAAUACAGAGUGCUGUACUUCCAACAUCUUAUCCGUACCUGCUGUUUAAAGGAAUUACAACCUACGGAUGGCCUACUGGAUACUGGUUCCUUCAUGGGAUUAUAGACAAGAUAAAGCAUAUCAUAGGUUGCAAAGCAACCCAAGCAAUGGUUCUUAUUGCAUUGGGAUAUGAUGAGAGCGAUGGUAAGAUCACGUUGGAAAAGGGCACGAACAAAAUCUGCUUUACCCCGCCUCAUGAUUCCCUUCUCCCACGAAAAAUUACAGCUUUCCAAAAGCUCACUAAGAAAUUAGGAGGAAUUCUCUUUAUGUCAAAAUACCGAAGCACAUCAGUUCAUCUUUUAGGAGGGUGCAAUGCAUCUUUAGAUCCUUCACACGGUGUUUGCAACUCCAACGGGCAGGUUUUUGAUCUGGUGUCGCCUAUCACUGUACAUCCCGGCCUCUAUGUAUGUGAUGCUUCUUUGAUCCCAUGCUCUAUUGGAAUAAAUCCUUCUCUUACUAUUGCGACGGCAGCUGAGCACAUAAGCAAGAACCUUGUGCAGGAUGCUCUAAAGUACAGAGAAGGUCUUGCAUCUGUUCCUAAAAUUGCUAACCAAGGUCAGGAUUCCUUCACUGAUAAAACUAUAGUUAAUGGUCAGAGAUCAGAGGUCUUGGUCAAAGAAACAAUGAGAGGUUACGUUGGGGGUAUGCCGUGCACAGCUUAUCUCAGAAUGAAGAUGAACCCUCAAGACCAGAAAGGACCGAAUGAGCGGAAGUUGGGUACUCAAGAAGCCCAUUCCCUUUUAAGAGGGAAAGUUGGAGGGCAUGUGAAACUUAGAGCCUUUGAGAAGGAUGAUUUACACGUCUUAGACGGGGACGUAAAUUUUUGCGAGGUAGAUUGCAGAACUCCUUACACACAGUACAUGCAUUACCAUCUUCUUCUCGGGGCUUCUACUGGUUCAAGAUAUAUUCUUGAGGGAAGAAAGAUAAUGAAUCCUUUUAUCUCUGCAUUACAUGCUUGGAGGGAGAUGACAACACUGCAUGUGACAUUUGUGAAAGUUGCUGAGAAAAACUCGGAGGAUGAGAAGGUUGUUUUAAAAGGCGAGCUUAGCAUUUCGAUGAAGGAGCUUCUUAAGAGUUUCAUAAGCCUUGAAGGAAACAAGAGGGGAAGGUUCUUAUGCCAUCUAUUAGGGGCCCUCUUGAGAACCUAUAUAUUGCAGAUACCUCGAGGGAACCACAAGGAUUUAGAUUCAUCCUAUUUUCAAAUUAAAUCUUAUCCGAGCGGCAUUCUCCAUGAAUUAAAAACAGAAGAUGGAUUCAAUAUCAGUUGUAGGCAAUGGAAGUGCCACCAUAUUUUGCCACAACUUAAAGGAAAUGAGCAACUAAAUCCAGUUCUUCUUCUUAAUGGAUACUCCACCGAGAGUUACUGGCUGCCAACAGAGCCAAAUGAUUUAGUCAGAACUCUGCUUGAAGGAGGGCAUGAAACAUGGCUACUGCAAUCACGAUUGCACCCUCUGAAUUCGUCAAACAGUUUUACGAUUGAAGAUAUUGCAAGAUUUGACAUCGCUGCUGCAAUUAAUAAGAUUGUUGAGUUGCAUGGGCCGCGCGUGAAGGUGCAUGUAGUUGCACACUGUGUCGGAGGCUUAGCCAUACACAUAGCUGUCAUGGGAGGUCACGUCUCUGCAACCCGUAUUGCUUCUCUCUCAUGCACCAAUUCUUCAAUGUUCUUCAAGCUUAGUCCUUGGUCCAGAGUUAAAAUGUGGCUUCCUCUGAUGCUGAUAUCAAUGUUCAUACUUGGAAAUGAUAAGACGCUUCCUCUGUUGGAGACAUCAACCGUCAGCUUACGCCACAGCCUCCUAAAACUUAUAGCCCGCUUCAUACCCCGCUACGAGAGAUGCACCUGCAACGAAUGUGAAGUUUUCUCAGGAAUCUUCGGAAACACAUUCUGGCACAAAAACGUAAGCCCCACCAUGCACCAGUGGUUGAACAAGCAAAGCUCUACAAAACUUCCCAUGGCAGCAUUUCCCCACCUGAGAAAGAUAUGCAACUCCGGUUUUAUAGUAGACAGCAACGGCAGCAACUCAUAUUUGAUCCAUCCAGAAAGAAUGGCACUCCCAACGCUUUAUAUAUCCGGAGGGCGGUCUCUCCUCGUGACUCCUCACACAUCUUUCCUCGCUCAUAAGUACAUGAAGUUGCACCAGCCAGGAUUCCAUCACGAAAGGGUAGUUGUGGAGGGUUUCGGGCAUUCGGAUUUGUUGAUUGGAGAAGAUUCUCACAAGAAAGUUUUUCCUCACAUUUUAUCUCACAUACGAUUAGCUGAAAGCGGAAGGAGUGGGAAGGGAAAGAGGUUCAGAAAAGAGAUAUUGGAUUGGGAAGCUGAUGAUCUGUAUGAAGGAUUUGGGGGAUUUGGAACAUGGUUUUCUCCUCCUGUUGUUGUUGUGCUGUUGUUUAUGUUGUUUUUUCUGCUGGUGUCUUUGUUUUUGUAGCUUCAGACCAAAACAAAACAAGUCAAUGUUUUUGUUGUUGGAUAAAACAACGAACUGCAGAUGAUUCCAUGAUUGUCAUGUAGCUUCGUUUUUAAGUA